CCAACAUCAAAACCCUCCCAUCUCUUCCCCUCCGCCGCCGUCUCUGCUCUCAAGAUCGCCAUGGCGUCAGAAAAGAAGCAGUCGAACCCGAUGCGGGAGAUCAAGGUGCAGAAGCUCGUGCUCAAUAUCUCCGUUGGAGAGAGUGGAGAUCGACUCACCCGCGCCGCCAAGGUGUUGGAGCAGUUGAGUGGGCAGUCUCCGGUUUUCUCCAAGGCAAGGUAUACUGUGAGGUCUUUCGGUAUUCGUCGUAAUGAGAAGAUUGCAUGCUACGUUACGGUCAGGGGUGAGAAGGCAAUGCAGCUUCUUGAGAGUGGCCUCAAGGUGAAGGAGUAUGAGCUUCUGAGGAGGAACUUCAGUGAUACUGGCUGCUUUGGUUUUGGUAUUCAGGAGCACAUUGAUCUUGGAAUCAAGUAUGACCCGUCUACUGGUAUUUAUGGCAUGGACUUUUACGUCGUUCUGGAACGAGCUGGUUAUCGUGUUGCACGUCGGCGCAGGUGCAAGUCCCGUGUUGGCAUCCAGCACAGGGUGACCAAAGAAGACGCCAUGAAGUGGUUCCAGGUGAAGUACGAGGGUGUCAUCCUCAACAAGGCCCAAAACACCUCGUAAUCAUUGAUAGUCAUCAAACGACUUGCCCUUAAUUCUGUGUACUAUGAACAAAACACCCCGUGUUUGGUUCAAGUAUAAUCUGUGUACUAUGAAUUCUGUGUUUGUUGGAUACCAAAUGCACUGCCAGUUUUGCGUCUGUGCCCGU